AUGGAGGAGCUUGCGUGCGUCCGGUGCAUGAGCUCCAAGUUCCGGAACCCGAACCUCGUGUUCAGCUUCAACGUGUGCGGGCAUACCAUGUGUGCAAAUUGCAUAGAAGUGGCGUUCAUGAAAGGUUCUGGUCCCUGCCCUAAAUGUCUCAUUCCUCUACGACGCAAUGGUUUUAAACUUCAGCAGUUUGAAGACGCUUCAGUUGACGUGGAAGUGGAAACACGAAAAAAAAUAUUGCAAGAUUUCAACAAAACUGAAGAAGAUUUUGAAUCUUUAGAUGAUUAUAAUGAUUAUUUAAUAGAAAUUGAAGAUAUUAUUUACAAUCUAGUUAGAAAUAUUAAUGUAGUUGAAACAAAAGAACGUAUUGAUCAAUAUAAAAGAGAAAAUAAAGAAAUAAUUAUGAGGAACAGAAUGAAGUCAAAACGUGAAGAACAAGCCUUAGAUGAUUUAAUUGAAGAAGAAAAGAUGCAUUCUCAGUAUAAAAGAGAUGAAGUUUUAAGAGAUGAAGCUGAACAAAGAACUAAAAAACUUCGAGUAGAUUCUGAAUUAAUUGAUAGUUUAGCACGUUCUAAUUCUGAUGCUAGAGACAUUGUUAACACAUAUACACAUAAAAAAGAAGAAAUUCCUGUCCCGAAACCAAAACCUAUUUCUAAACCUAUAAACUUCACAAAGUUUUCAACUGGUGUCAAAUUCAAUCAGUCUUCUAUAUCAAUCUCAAUAAAAGAAGGUCCAUUAUUCAAAUAUGAGCCAGUUUCUCAUCAACUUAAUGGUCCUUCCUGUCCAGAUAUUACACAAUUGGAUUCAUUAGGAUAUAUGAAAUAUAUCAGAAGAGAAAGUUCUCAAGAACUUGCUGGUGGAUUUUUAAUAAAAACAUCCUGCUUGCAUUAUGUACAAGAGUGUGUUUCAGCAUUGUAUGAAAGAAAGACUGGUAAAGUAUAA